GCAAGACUUUUAAAACUGUGUCAGAAGCAAUGGUGUACGGUGAAGAUCAUCCGGUAAAAAAAAAGAAAUGCGUCGGUCAUGUGCAAAAACGUAUGGGUACACGUUUACGCAAUGCGAAGAAAAAGUAUAAAGGCAUCGGCGGAAAAGGAUCAGGGAAAUUGACAGAUAAAGUAAUAAAUGAACUAACUACUUAUUAUGGCUUGGCAAUAAGGAGAAACCCGGAUUCAUUGGAAAAAAUGAAAGAAGCUAUAUGGGCCACCUAUGAUCAUAACAGAUCGACCGAUGCAAAUCCACACCACACGCGCUGCCCCGAAGGCGCUACUAGCUGGUGCGCUUGGCGUAAAGCGGAAGCUGAAGGACAACUUAGUACAUUCAAGCAUACUAAACCACCAUUAAGCGAUGAAGUGCUAAAAGUUAUUAAGCCUAUUUACGAAGAUCUAACAGCAGAUAAUUUAUUAGAGCGAUGCGUUGGAUGUUUUACACAAAACAACAACGAGAGUCUGAAUUCGCUAAUUUGGACAUUCGCUCCAAAGCAUAUGCACAGCGGCAAAGAAACUGUAGAAAUCGCCACUUAUUUAGCUGUGUGCAUCUUUAAUGAAGGUUUUAAUAGCAUAUUACACAUGCUGAAUGUGAUGGGAAUUAAAAUUGGAAACGUUUCAAAAACAUUCGCUGCAAUGAGAGACAACUGCCGCAUAUACCAUUCCGAGAAGAAGGCGUGGCAGGAGUCUAAAGAGGCUAGAAUUGCUCGCAGACAAGAACAAGCUGCUCAAAACGAUUAUUUUGAAGCUGAGGAAGGCAUAUUGUAUGGUCCUGGCAUAGCUGAUUAGUAAGUAACAAUGAAAAAUCAAUCAUUAUCUAAUCGUAAACUUUAAAAGCGUUUUUCUCGAAAUGACAUUUUUUAAGACGGGCGCAGUAAUUUCUCGGAAACUACUAGGCUAAUCGGGCACAAGUUUUGCACACUUGUUCAGUAUAUGACUGGCUAUGAUCGGUGCCUCUAACUUUGUUUUACGCUGCAAAAAAAUAAUUUUUUCGGACCAGAAAAGGCUAAAAUUUUUCUGAAAAAACCGGAAUUUUUGUUUCAAGUGCCGCCAUUUUGUAAAUUUCAGUGUUUUUUUGAUGACCGUGGCACCGAUCAUAGCCACACAUUUAACAAUGAAAAUGAUCUUUGGUUUUUUAAUUUCAGACGACGGAGACAGCCGCUACAGGUGCGCCCGACUAAACAAAAUUUUUCAAAGAAGGCUUGCAUCGUCAGCUUUAACUGGGAUUUAUUAUUAAUAAAAACGUCUACAAAAAAUUUUUUUUAUUACUUUAAAUAUACUUCAACACAUAUGUAAAACGCCACAUGUGUCAAGCUUCUAGUUACCUCUAUUUAAAUUCGUAAAAAUCGCGUUAAAAGUCGGUAUUCAAACGGGGAAACCCCCUUAAACAUUUUUAUUAAUUUUUUAUUAAUAAAAAGUUGCUUAAUUUUAUUAAUACAUGUAAGUACAUUAUUAUUAAUUAAUUUAAAAAAUACUAAAGAUAAUGCAAUUUUAAAAUAUAAUAGGAAAAGGUUUAAAAAAAAGUAAAAAAAAAUUUGAUAUUGCGGAGAUUCGAACCCGGUCCGCCACGAAGGAAAAAAUGUAACGCUAGAACUUAGUCUUCUCAGCCACGACGCUCUCUUGGAUAGUGGUUCAAGAUUCUAGUAUUUAACGUAUAAAUGUCUAAAUGUUAAACUUUAAUUGCAAUUUUCUUAAAAAGUAAGGCCCAUUCACGCUAACCCUUUUACACUUUUAAUAUAUUUGUUCUCCCCUUUUGAAUAAGCUAUGAUUCAUCUCAUUUGGCUUUUUACACUUCUUGUCUACUUCUUGAUAGAUAUUUAGUUGCUUUAAAAAGUUAAGAGCAUUUAAAAUUUUGUUUUUAAGAUAUUCCAUCACUAUGUCUGCAACAAUAGGUGAUAACGGAGAUUCCACAGGGAUUCCAAACACGUGCUUAUAUGUGACGUUGUUAAAGUUAAAAUAAGUUAAAGUCAAAAUAAAUCUGAUUGCCUCCAAAAAUUUAUCUUUAGGAAUCGUAGUGUUUUUCUUGAUGUAACAUCGUCUCUUUGAUAGGCUUCCAAUUGUUAAUUCUGUUGGGAUAAUUGUAAAAAGAUUUAUAACAUCAAAAGAAACCAAUACCUUAGAGUUAGUUAAAUUUUUUCCGUCAAUAUGUGGUAAAGUUUGUAGUUAUUGUUAAUAUGAUUUUUUGCUGUAGGAGCACUGUCCGAGAUGAUUUGUUGGCGAAAUGAUUAAUGGUCAGGAUUUAUUUUAACCACGGAAUAAGUAUUAGUGUCUUUUAAUAGAUUAUUAAUUUUGUUGUAAUAAUUAUUUUUAUUAAUUGCAAUAGUAGCAUUGCUUUUAUCAGCACGUGUAAAAAUGAUAUCUGGGCUAUCAUUGCAGAAUUUAUUUGUUGUGUUACGUAAUUUUAACAAUUUUGUAUCUAUAUGAUUUGUAAGAUGUUUUUUAACAAGAAAUUCUUGCAGGUUAUAACAUAAUAACAUUCUCUCUCAAUUUUUUAUGGUUUCCCUUAAAUUGAAUCAUAUUAUAUUUUAUGUCUUUAAUCACCUAAUGUAUUGCAAAUUUUUUAUUUAAACCCAAUGGAAGGCAAAAGUUUCCAUCAGGAAUAAUAUAAAAUUAAAUCCUUUUAGACACAGUCGUAACAGAGUAUAUAAUAGCACAUAAUCACUCUUUCAAUUGGGAUGAAUUAGAGAUAUAUGACAAAGAAGCUAUCAAAAAAGAUUAGUAUUGGAGAUAAUCCAUAUCAAAGAACAAAGAUAUGGUAUUAAUCUAAAAAAAAGACACGGAUCUUUUGAACGAUACUUACUCAAGUAUUGGACUUGGUUAGGCGGAGUGAAUGCGAAUGCGAAUGCGUGGUGUGAGCCGGUGUGAGAUAAGAAGCGAAAUAGCGUAUAAUAGGAUAGGUACAGGUAUAAGGAGGCGAGAAUUAGCGAGGUAGAGAGGUAAGAAGAUAGGGGAAUUGGAGGAGAAGGUAGGUGGAGAGAAUUGGCGGAGAAAAAGGCGGAAAAAAGACAUGGAUCUUUUGAACGAUACUUACUCAAGUAUUGAACUUGGUUAGGCGGUGUGAAGCUAUGCGAAUGCGUGGUGUGAGCCGGUGUGAGAUAAGAAGCGAAAUAGCGUAUAAUAGGAUAGAUACAGGUGUAAGGAGGCGAGAAUUAGCGAGGUAGAGAGGUAAGAAGAUAGGGGAAUUGGAGGAGAAGGUAGGUGGAGAGAAUUGGCGAAGAAAAAGGCGGAUUAAGGCUAGGAUAGAAAGAGGAGGUUAUGGCAGGCAAGGAAAUGGCGGGAUUAGGCAAGGACGAGAAGGCCGGUAAGGUAGGGAAGCAGCUCAAACUGACUACAGUUGGUAAAGAAGGAGGAAAGAGAGUGUUUUAAGCUCUCGGAAGAGAGGGGAAAAGAAGAGCGAGAGGAUUUAAUCAAGGUGAUGAUGGAAGAAUUGAAAAUACUGAAAGGCGAUAGGAAAGUAUAUAAAGAGGAGAUGAAAAAAUUUAAGGAAGUGGUUAAAAAAUGUGAGGAAGAGAUAGGAAGGUUAGAGGAAAGAAUAGAAGAAAUGGAAAAGAAUUAGAAGGAAGAAAGGGAGAAAGAUUUGACAAGCGUGGAGACGGGAGGAGAGCAGGAAGACAGGAGAAGCGUUGGAAGCGUAUAGAGCCGGAGGAGCAGUACGGUCAGCAAGGCGAGUUUAGAUUCUAGGUGUAGCGGACGAAGUGAGAGAGAUAGGUAGACUUAGGAAAGAAACUGGGAGGAUAGGAAACUCAAUAUUAUUAUAAAAGGUGUAAACAUGCCCGAGUGAAGAAAGACAGGUUAGAAAGAAGAAAGUGGGCAGAAGAUUUGAUAAAGGAAAAAAUAGAAGUCACUUGCAAGAUAAUGAGCUGUAGAGUAAGUGGACCCGUGAUUAUUGCAAAACUGAAGAAAGAGGAAAAGAAAAAGGAAGUAAU